AAGGUGAAGGGUGUGCUUUCAGUUUCCACCUUUUCUUCUGAAAAAGGUUGCCAUGGAGAUCCAUAUCAGAAGCAGUCCUAUCUUACCUCUCCUUUGAUUUUGCGAUGUCUUUACAUCAUCAGGCCUUUGAUGGAUUAUUUGGAAUAAAUCUUUGAAGGGUUCUGAAGUCAUGGCUGCACUGUUAUCCUAUGCUACAAUUUAAUUUGUAUGGUGGUAGGGGCCCAAAAUUGAGCACUUGAGAUCCUCCCUUGUAGUUGUUGUGGCUGGAAUCCUGUUGCGUUUGCAGUGGUGCUGAUUGUGCCUUGUUGUUAAGUUUCUUUUGUGACCAGUCAAAUCAGUUUGAUGGGUUCCCGUUUCCCAUCCCAUCAGCUGAGCAAUGGCCUGUAUGUAUCAGGCCGGCCAGAGCAACCAAAAGAAAGGCCACCAACAAUGAGCUCAACGGCCAUGCCUUAUACUGGUGGUGAUAUUAAAAAAUCCGGAGAACUUGGGAAAAUGUUUGAUAUCCCAGUAGAUGGUUCCAGGUCAAGAAAAUCUGGACCUAUAAAUAAUGCCCCAUCAAGAUCUGGAUCAUUUGGUGGUGCUGCAACCCACUCAGGACCAAUCAUGCCUAAUACUGCAAAUCGACCGAGCUCUGGUACUUCAGUAAAGAAGUCUAAUUCAGGACCACUUAAUAGACAUGGUGAUCCAGUGAAGAAGUCUUCUGGUCCUCAACCUGGAGCUGGAACUGUUUCUCGCCAAAAUUCAGGCCCUCUACCUCCAGUUCUCCCUACCACAGGUCUCAUUACAUCUGGCCCCAUUUCUUCAGGCCCCCUAAAUUCAUCAGGUGCUCCUCGGAAAGUAUCUGGUCCGUUGGAUUCCACAGGUUCAGUCAAGCUGCAAAGUGUCCCUAUGGUUCACGGCCAAGCUGUGACUAAUCUUAGCCAGGAGGAUGAAUAUUCUUUUCAUCGUAGUUUCCCGAAGCCAAUACUUUGGUCAAUGAUUCUGCUGUUUGUAAUGGGUUUCAUUGCUGGUGGUUUUAUCCUUGGUGCUGUCCACAAUCCCAUUCUUCUCAUUGUUGUUGUGGUUCUCUUUGGCACGGUUGCUGCUGCUUUUACUUGGAAUGCUUAUUGGGGAAGAAGAGCUAUAACUGGUUUCAUUGCCAGUUAUCCAGAUGCUGAUCUUAGAACUGCAACGGAGGGCCAAUUUGUCAAAGUUUCAGGGGUGAUUACAUGUGGAAAUGUUCCUCUUGAGUCAUCCUUUCAAAAGGUUCCUAGAUGUGUGUAUACAUCUACAAGUUUAUAUGAGUAUCGAGGAUGGGAUUCAAAAGCUGCCAACCCGACGCAUCGCCGUUUUACAUGGGGUCUUCGAUCUCUUGAGAGGCACGUGGUUGAUUUUUACAUUUCUGACUUCCAGUCUGGGCUGAGGGCAUUGGUUAAGACUGGCUACGGUGCUAGAGUGACUCCGUAUGUUGAUGAAUCUGUUGUUGUUGACAUCAAUGAGUCAAACAGAGAGAUGUCUCCGGAAUUCAUCAGAUGGUUAGGAGAGAGAAAUCUCUCAAGUGAUGAUCGAGUAAUGCGUUUGAAAGAAGGGUACAUUAAAGAAGGUAGUGCUGUAAGUGUAAUGGGGGUUGUUCAGCGGAAUGAUAAUGUGCUGAUGAUUGUUCCUUCCCAAGAUCCAAUACCAACAGGGUGCCAAUGGUUCAAGUGCAUUCUGCCUGCUAGCCUUGAGGGUAUUGUCUUAAGAUGUGAGGACACUUCUAAGAUCGAUGUCAUUCCUGUGUAGAAAUAGAGCAUUUUGAAGCCCAAAUUCAUGCCAUUAUUGUUUUUUGAGAUUUAAUUGGUUGGUUAGUGUUGACAGUGAUGGUGACAGUAAUAGUGGUGGUGAUGUUCUUUCUUUUUUCUUUUUUUAUUUCUUUUUUAUUUCUUUUUUAGUUUUUUUCCACCUGGUGUAUAGUUUUUAUGUGAUUUAUUUUCAUCUUAGGGUUGAACCCUUUGUAAUGAGGUUGGUGUGAUUAUAGUGCAGGGGAACUGAAGUGUUCAUUGAAGGGAUUUGAGGGUUGAGAGAUGAUGUGUUUAAAAAUGCUUUGAGAUAAUUUCGGUUAUAUGGGUCGUGUCUAAGUUGUGUACUCUGAGAUGUGAAUGUUAUCUUGUUUGUUAUGGAAUGAAUCCUUUGCUGGUUCAGCA